GUUGUGCUUGGCUCACCCACAUGCAAACUGAGCGACAAACGCGGUCAAUAAAGUUGCCUAAAAGCACGCUGUGAUUCAUAUACUCGUUGUAAAACACACUUAACUGAAAUUACAUCGGAGGAUCAAUUUGACGUUUUUAUCCAACCGUCGUCUCGCUUAUACACCGUAACCCGAGUUUGGGGGAUACAAGAUGUUUCAUGAGGAUGAAGACUGGAAUGACGCCGCUGACGUCCUCAGUCAAAGUGUUGUGAAAAAGAAGCCAAACAGCACCAAUGGGAAGUCCAAAAAUGUGGGAAGGAAGAGUCUGCUGCGUACGCUGCAGACGUUGGGAUCGAUGCCCGACCGGAUGGGUGACGGGCGGCGGCGGCCUGAGAGCGACGCCGAAGCCGCCGCAGCGCACGCCCCGAGGAGGAAGAAGAAAAGAAAGCAGAGAACAAAACAAGGGACGGCAGCAACAACAGGAGAGCAGGACAACACCUCGGUUGUCACAACUGCAACCAAGAAGCAGAAAGUGGAAAAGAAAAUCGGCAUCCCGAAGGGGAAAAAGGCACCUGCAGGCGAGACGGAGGGCGAAGAUAUCUCGCAGAAGACAACCGGCAACGUCUCGCAGCUGAGCAGGCAGCAGUGGAAAAACAGAAUGAAGAACAAGAGGAAAUGCAAAAAUAAAUACUGCCAGGAUAAACCUGAAGAGGAACUCCAGAAGGCGGAUAAACCGCUUCCGACGACACGUUCAGACAUUAAGAGUGGCAAACGAGUAGACGUACGGAAUGAGAAAAUAUUGCCACAGAAAAGGAAAAAGACUGAAGAUGAUGACGUCAGCACGGGCACAUUACGGAUAAAAACAGCCAAGAAGGAAAGGAAAAACGCAAUCGACGGCUCAAAACAGGAAGCGGGCGAUUCUCACGGCGAUCGGCAAAAAGCCGAGCUGAGUAAAGCCGAGAGGCUGAAACGCGAGCGCCUCCGGAAGCUUCUCCGGCGAGCGAGCCCCGAGGUCCCCAAAGCGGCGGAGGCGGAGUCGGAGGCCGUUUUGCAGGAGGCGCAGGAGGACCGCUCCACGUUGCUGCGUUGGCGCAUGGAGCGGCGGUUGGAGGCGGCCCGCUUCCGCUACAUCAACGAGUUGCUGUACAGCUGCACCGGCGGCGAGGCCCAGCGCAUGUUCCGCCAGGACCCGCGGGCCUUCCAAAUCUACCACAAGGGCUACACGGCGCAGGUGCACCGCUGGCCCGUCCGCCCCGUGGACGCCAUCAUCGCCUACAUUCAAAAGAAACCUCGCUCGCUGGUGGUGGCCGACUUCGGCUGCGGCGACUGCAAGAUCGCGCUCAGCGUCAAGAACAAGGUGCACAGCUUUGACCUGGUGGCGACCUGCGACCUGGUGACCGCCUGCAACAUGGCCAACGUCCCGCUGCCGGACGGGUCGGUGGACAUCGCCGUCUUCUGCCUCUCGCUGAUGGGAACCAACCUGGCGGAUUUCCUCGGCGAGGCCAACCGCGUCUUGAAAAGAGGGGGCGUGCUGAAAAUCGCCGAGGUAGCGAGCAGGUUCGACGACGUGAGGAACUUCCUCAAUGCGCUGGUCAAGCUGGGAUUCAAGAUGGUGUCCAAGGAUACGGACAACACUCAUUUCUACUCGUUCGAGUUCACCAAGACGGGCGACGCGCCGGCAAACUUGAAGAAGUUCGGCUUGCAGCUCAAGGCCUGCUUGUACAAGAAGAGAUGAGUUGGCACUCAAGGGGACAUUUAAGUACACAUUUGUCAAAAGGAGGAGUUCAUUUGGGGAAAGUAUUGAAUAUAAUGCACAUUUAUCAACA